AUAGUUGAUUAAGCUUUGUAGAGUCCGUUAACUACGAAAAGCUGAAGCUUCUUAAGCUCUGGCUUCUGUUCUCGCUGUGCUCCUUUCAAAUUAUUGCCCAAAACUAAUUCUAUGGCUGCCACUACUUCUUCUUCCACCUGCACCGGCUUCUUCAGUCUCCGAUCACCCAACUCCGUCGAGUCCAGGGUCUCCUCCACGCAAGCCUCCUCCGGUUGCGGAAAGUUUGAUGGCGUGGCCAUGUGGUUCAUCAACGGCGUCACAACGGCUUUCUUCGCCUCCUUGAACCGUUGUUCUUGCAUUCGCAUCGCCACCCAGGAAGACGGCGAAGACGCCAACGACUUGCCGUUGAUGCUCAACGACGGAAACCUCCGCCACGACGGUGUCGUUUCAGCCGCCGGCAGCAGGAGAAGGACCGGGAAAGGGAAGAAGAGUGAAGCCCUGAUAGCCGUCGACGAGGACUGAAGUCAAGCGAACACAAUCAAAAUCAACGUCUCUGAAUCUUCUCGGUAUAUGUGAUCUAAUGUUGCAUCUAUGGGUUAUUAAUAUUGUGCCUUCACACCUUAAUUAUGUUUUGGAGUGAUUUUGGAGAGCCAAAAUGAAAUUAAGAAUUUAUCUUUUAUAUUAUUAUACAUAAUGAAGAAUGAUUAACGUGUAAUGAAAUAAACUAAACGGAGUUUGGAGAUU